AUGUCGGUUCGAGUCGACGCUCUCAUUUCCGAGCAAUUUCUGGCGGCGGAUCUCGACGAGAUUCGUCAGAUGCAGGAGGAGUCGAAGAAGCAAAAAUCCGAAUACGAUAUUGUGUGGCGGAACGUGAUUUUGUUUUCCGCUCUUCACGUCGGAGCCCUCAUCGGCCUCUAUCAGUUGGUGUUCCAGGCGAAAUGGCCGACUGUCGUGUGGGGUGAGCGCUCACUUUUUCUAUGAAGCUUUAACAACCAUGUUUCGUUUCAGUGUUCGUGCUCCACACGCUCGGCUCGAUGGGUGUGACGGGCGGCGCGCACCGUCUCUGGGCGCAUCGCUCCUACAAAGCGACGACGCCGUUCCGCGUCUUUCUCAUGUGCAUCAACAACAUUGCGCUGCAGAACGACAUCAUCGAGUGGGCGCGCGAUCACCGGUGCCAUCACAAGUGGACCGACACGGAUGCGGACCCGCACAGCACUCUGCGCGGCAUGUUCUUCGCCCACAUGGGCUGGUUGUUGGUGAAGAAGCACGAGGAGGUGAGGAAGCGGGGCGCCAAGCUCGAUUUGAGCGAUUUGUACAACGACCCGGUGCUCGUUUUUCAGAGAAGGUACGCGUCGCCCGACCCCGAGGCCCCCCCUCAUUUUACUCCAAUUUUUCCAGAAAUUACCUACCACUAGUGCUUCUCUUCUGCUUCGUUCUGCCCACCUUCAUCCCCGUCUACGUGUGGGGCGAAUCCGCGUUCAUCGCGUUCUACACGGCCGCCCUGUUCCGCUACUGCUUCACACUUCACGUCACAUGGUGCAUCAACAGCGUGUCGCACUGGAUCGGCUGGCAACCCUACGAUCACAACGCCACGUCCGUCGACAAUCUGUGGACGACGGUGACGGCGGUCGGCGAGGGCGGCCACAACUAUCAUCACGCGUUCCCGCAAGACUACCGCACUUCGGAGCACGCCUCGUGGCUCAACUGGACCCGCGUGCUCAUCGAUUUGGGCGCCGCUCUCGGCAUGGUCUACGAUCGGAAAACGACUGCGGAGGAGGCGAUUAAGCGGCAGUGCGAACGAAGUGGAUGCCUCACCGAGCGCGACAAAAUGCUUCAGAAAUUGGGAUAA